AUGGCAACGACCGUCCUGUCCGGCGCCGCCUUCGGUGCCGCCCUCGUGGCAGCGGGCGUGUACCAGCCCUCCGUCAUCAUCGCCCAGCUCAAGUUCGAGAACUGGCACAUGGUCCAGGCCUUUCUCGCGGCGGCCGCCAGCAGCACCCUCAUCGUCCUUACCCUGGACAACCUGGGCUACGUCCGUCCCAAGCCCCGUAGCCCCUCCCGACUGGGCCUCUUCUCCCAGUAUGAUGGCAACAUCCUCGGCGGCGCCCUCCUCGGUGCUGGAAUGGCCUUCUCGGGUUCCUGCCCGGGUACCGUCCUCGCCCAGAUUGCCGUAGGCACCAAGUCCGGCGUCUACGUCCUGGCCGGCGCCACCGCAGCCGGCAUCGCCUGGACCGGCUCCCUGCAGAAGCUCAUCACCAGCAACACCGCCGCCGCGGGGCCUGAGAACCCGAGGCUCACUGUCUACCAGCGUGUUGGUGUCAGCAGGGCCGUUGCGUUCGUCGGGUUCGAGGCCCUUUUCGCUGGCAUCGUCUACGCGACUAUGAAGUAUACCCCCGCCAGCCCCUAUGCCGUCGUCGCGCCUACGGUCGGCGGGCUCGUGAUCGGUCUCGCGCAGCUCUUCUCCCUGCUCACACGCAAGUCGAUGCUUGGCGUGUCGACAUCGUACGACGAGAUCGGGCGGUAUUUCUGGUGGGCGGCCCGCGGCGGCGGGGAGAAGGGAAAGCCCGCUUCGUACGGCAACAUCCUCUUCUCGGCGAGCCUGGCCGCCGGGGCGUGGGCGCUCGCCAAGGCAUACCCCGAUUUUGCGCUGGGUGCUGCUGACACGGCUGUGUCGCCUUCGCUGGCUGCUGCGGGUGGGUUUCUCAUUGGGUUGGGCUCCAGGAUCGCGGGAGGCUGCACGUCCGGACACGGGCUCAGCGGUGUCUCUGUGUUCUCGACGGCCAGCUUCGUUACUGUCAUCUCCAUGUUUGGUGCUGGAGCUCUGGUUGCCCCGUAUUUUUACUAG